AAUGAGAGCUCGCCGUUCACCUCGACACACAACCUCCUGAAAGGGUCGUUCCACACACGCUCCUCAGAACAACUCAACUCCCGUCCAUUUUGACGUAACACAGUCCACCAGUCAGGAUGUUUGCUUGGCGUCCAGAGAUGAUGCUCUUGUUGCUCGUGACAGGUAACAUCAUCAUGUGUGUGUUGGGCAGUCCUGGAAACCUCACACUUCAGACCCGUGACACCAACAAGACAAACAACUCCCUCUUGUGGGAGGAAGCUUCCGACCCCGUGCAAAGUUUUGCCAUGUCCGAGGGGAUCCAGAUCAACAUCACCGAUGACACUCAGAUGGUGGUUUUAAGCUCCGCCCCCGCCCAUGUGAGCGAGGGUGACAGAGUGACCCUGAGAUGCACUUCCGCCUUCUCCUUCCUCCAGCCGGAAGUCCUCUGGUACCGAGAUGGCUACCUCCUCGGUGAAUCUGGCCCAGCUCUGAAGUUGGGCCCCCUGACUGCGAGCGAUUCCGGCAACUACACGUGCGCGCUGGCGAGGAACAGGACCACCAUGUCGCCGCCCUUCAGCCUGAACGUUGACGCGCAUCAAUCCAGCCCACACAACCUGGACGGUCUUCGCUACACCUUGUCUGACACGGUGAAAAAGGUCGCAGCCGCCAUCGUUCACGUCCGCUUCACAUACUGGGGCUAUCACGAGUACUCUCCUGGCUUCAUCGUGUCUGAGGACGGACUGGUCGUCGUUGACAACUUCUGGUUCAGCGAGAAGAGGCUUGUAAAGAACCUGCAGGUGAACCUGACGAGUGGUGCCAUGUUUGACGGAGAGAUCAAAGACUUAGACCUGACCCAUGGCCACGCUGUGAUCAAGAUCAACACAACUACCAAACUGCCAUUUGUUCGGCUCGGCGACUCGGCGGACCUUCAGCUUGGUGAGACGCUGCUGGCCAUGAACAAGUGGAACUGGAAUGUAACCCUGUUUGGGACCAUCAAGGAACUGGAUGGCAGACACAUCGAAAUGGAAGAGAUCAGCGGGUGCGGCACCCCAGAUGGUCCACUUGUCACCUUGGACGGACAAGUGGUCGGCUUCAUCAGGGGUGAUGCAACUUCUUUGACCACCAACUUCAUCAGAGAGAGCCUGGACAAGAUCAAAGGUUGGUGCAGCCUUCACACUGGUGUCAACAUGAGGAUGAACAUUUGUGUUGUUUUGAGCAGGGAUAAACGGCAGAGAAGUACAUCGGCGCCAGGAUGAUUAGCCUCACACCCACGUUGGCCAAGGAGCUCAAGGUGGGACAGUGGGACUUCCCAGACGUCACCUCUGGUGCUUACGUCGUGGGCUCCUACAGCGGGUCUCCCGCCAAGGCCGCCGGUCUGCAGAGGGGGGAUGUCAUCGUCGGCAUCAACGACAAGCGUGUGACAUCCGCCAGUGACGUCUACGCCGCCAUCGUGCAAGACGACGUGCUUCAUGUGCUAGUGAUGCGGGGCAACAAGAACGUCACUCUCUUCAUCGUGCCCAAAGGAGAUUGACCCUUGAACCUCCAAGCAAUUCGGCGAGCGUUACCGCCACCCGCCCUGAGCGUUUCCACGAGCUGCUACAGUUAGACUGGCACCGUGGAACACCUCCUGAGUUUAUGGUGGUUACUAACUGUCUUCCUUUUCAAUUUAACACUGAGCCCUGAUAGGUGGUAGGAAGAAGGAGGGCUAUCUGUCAUGCUAAGAGUUUCUACAUGCAUACUGUAUGUGCCAAGCAAAUCCACACAUAUACAGUAUAGCUACAAUAUUUGUCAACUAUUCCAUGUUUGAAUCAGUAGUCAUAUUAGCUGAAUGCAGUAAAAUGAGGACCUGGACAGCAGCACGGGGCGAGGGACCACGGCAUGGCCUACACUCUUUGUGUGUUCAUUUGAAAUCAUAUUACAAUCUUCUCAUUUUUGUGUUUUACUAUUUUUGCUAAUUACUAUUAGUGCACUUAUUCUUUUUAUCCCCCCCACACACAUUGGCACUUUCCUCUUUUGACCAAACAUUUUCCCCGUUUGUUAUUUUUGACACACGACUCUUUUUACCAAACAUUUGUCCCACUUUUCAAGGUCAACUCCAGGUCGAUAUCGUGACUAGUAGUAAUUAGCAACUUAUUACACAUAUUUGCCAAGUACUAUUAAAACUGCUUUGUGUGGUUUUGUAUUUGUAUACUGCCCUUGCAUAACCCUGCAAUAAACUUUCUUUCUGUGCAACUGAAAA